AUGGCCUCCCAGGAAAAUAAUGCAGAAGUGGGGGCAGCCUCUGCAGGUGGUGUCCCAGGUAAUAAGAUGAACCCAGAGAUGGUGACUAACUCUGUCUGCAGUCCCAUUGAUGGAUCACAGAAUUUCAUGAAGGGAGAGAUACAAGCCCUUGGGGCCAUCCAGAUCCUGAAUGGAGCAAUGAUUUCGGCCCAUGUUUUCCUGGGUUCCUUAUAAUACUUGUCCUACCUCUUCAGAUACUUCUUUUUCUUCACCUUCUCCAGCUAUUCACUAUGGGGCACUGUGUUUGUGCAUAUGCAGAUUUCUCUGACCAUUGGUCAUUUCUUAGUUAAUAACCUGGCUUCCUACUCUGAGAAUACUGAAGCAAUGCAGAAGAGUUUUGGGAUGAACAUCGUCUGUCCUACAAUUGCACUCAUCGGAAUUGUUUUUCUCUCCAUAAAUUUAGCAUUUGAUAACCAGUUGUUCAAGAGUUGUCAGUCUUCAGGCAUCAGAUUUAUACAUUUACAUGGGCUCCUCAUCAACACUAUGUUUUUAAAAAAUGAUGUUUAAUUAUAAAAUAGUUUAAUAAUCCAAAAUGUACGGAAAAUAAUAUAUUAGGUGCUAUGCUGUCUUGGACAUGUCAUCAGGAGAGAUCAACCAUAGGAGAAGGACGUUAUGUUUGGUAAAGUAGACUCGUUGCAUCGAGUUGAUUCUGACUCAUAGCAACCCUAUAGGACAGAGUAGAACUGCCUCAAGGGGCUUCCUAGACUGUAAUUUUUAC